CCAGGCCCAUUAUAACGAUCGGUAUUCGUCCCUUUCCCUUAUCCGCGUAAUACUUUUGUUUGAGGAGAGUUUGAAAUCAUCAUCCAUGGCUGCUUUUGCUUCUUCUACUGCUUCUGGUUUGGCUUCUACAAUCUUCUACUCUCCUUCCCUAAACCCUCUCACCUGUCAAGCAACUCUUUUUUCUCCGAUUCGGAUUCGUUCCUCACCUCGCGUUUUCAGGGGAUUACAUAGCCUCCGACGCCGCGGCUUUCGGCGAUUCUCUCAGAAUGUUACCACCGAUCGGUUCAAAAGCUUCUCUUGUAACUGCUUAUCCGCCGUAUCCACUAGCACUAUCGAUUACGAGUUCACGGAUGGUGGCAAAGAGGUGGAAUUAAGAUUGAGGUUGAAGACAGGUGAGACACUUUCUCCAAAGGAUAUAUCUGUAGAUGCAGAUGGAACAUCGUUAGCCGUUAAAGAAAAGCGGAACGGAUUGCUGAUUACACUUCUAGAGACUAACCAACUCUUUGAGAAGAUUAUGCCCUCUGAAACAAUAUGGUACAUAGACGAAGAUCAAUUGGUUGUAAACAUGAAAAAGGUGGAUGGAGAAUUGAAGUGGCCUGAUAUUGUUGAGUCCUGGGAAUCUUUGACUGCAGGAAUGAUGCAACUUCUUAAGGGGGCAUCAAUCUACAUUGUGGGAGAUUCAACCGAAAUUAACCAAAAAGUGUCUCGGGAGCUAGCGGUUGGCCUUGGGUACAGUCCUCUAGACUCAAAGGAAUUGUUGGAAAGCUUUUCCAAGCAAACAAUCGAUUCUUGGAUUGUUGCAGAAGGGCCAGAUUCUGUAGCUGAAGCAGAGAGUUCGGUGUUGGAAAGCUUGAGCAGCCAUGUGCGUACUGUUGUCUCAACUUUGGGAGGUAAACAUGGAGCUGCGGGGAGAGCCGAUCAGUGGAGACAUCUCUACUCCGGGUUUACUGUUUGGGUAUCACAGACUGAAGCCACAGAUGAAGAAUCAGCUAAAGAAGAAGCGAGGAGAAACAAGCAAGAGAGGGAGAUUGGGUAUUCAAACGCAGACGUGGUGGUGAAGCUCCAAGGUUGGGACCCGACACAUGCUAAGAGCGUGGCUCAGGCUUCAUUGAGUGCACUUAAGCAACUGAUCAUCUCAGACAAGGGACUUCCAGGUAAGAAGAGUUUGUACAUACGCUUGGGAUGCCGUGGCGAUUGGCCCAAUAUCAAACCGCCGGGAUGGGAUCCGUCGUCUGACACCGGAGCUCAUCCACAAUUCACAUAAACAGUUUCAAGACAUGCUUUUUGCUCUCUCCUAGAAACGAUGCUCUCAAGAAUUUUGUUAUUAUUGUCAUCGCUGUUGGUAUUUAACUGUAAAAGAAGUUAUAUAUUGGAUGAUUUGAGUUAUAACUACCAGCCUGAUGUUGAUGAAUAAAA